AUGGUGAAAAAGGUGCUAAUGCUACAUGGGUUAGCGCAAUCCGGCCCAUAUUUUGAGUCAAAAACUAAAGGGUUUCGCAGAGUCUUAGAGCCGUUAGGGUACGAAUUUUAUUACCCAACGGCUCCAACCAAGUGUUCACCAGCUGAUAUAUCAACCGAUAUUGAUGAUUUGGGGGCUUCAUCGGCGGAUGAUUACCAUACUUGGAUUGUGCCCGAUCCUGUCAACAAUGAGUACAGAUUGCCGGACAUUACGCGGACUUUUUUGAGAGAGUACAUCUUAGAGCAUGGUCCUUUUGACGGCAUCAUAGGGUUUAGCCAGGGUGCUGCUGUUGCUGGAUAUUUGUUGACAGACUUCAACCAUUUGCUCGAUCUCACUGAAGAACAGCAACCUACGCUCAAGUUCUGCAUCUUGUUCAUGGGAUUCCGGUUCAAACCGGAUGUGUACCAAGAACAGUACAUAAAGCACCCAAUCACAGUACCCUCAAUGCAUGUUGCAGGACAAUUGGACACAGUGGUAGACGUAGCAAAAAUACAUGACUUGCAUGCGGCUUGUGCAGAAGGGACCGGCACGUACUUGGAGCAUUCUGGCGGACACUUCGUGCCAAAUUCGAAGGGCUUCGUGACUAAAGUGGCUGAAUGGCUACAGAGCUUGCCGGAGUAA